AUGGUCAAAAUCGAGCUUGAAACGCCGAAGCAGAAAAUUGGCCAUCUGCCUAUAGAUAACUUCAAUGUCAUCAUCAGCGAUGUCCUGCCUCAUCACUCUAGUAGGACGCUCGGCAUUCGGGUCCCGCAGAAGUUCGAUAAGGCCUACACCGUCAACGAAGUCCAUCAUGAUGAAGGGGUCUAG